AUGCGACGUUGGUCUGCCACCGCCUUGGUCGUCUGCCUCCUCCUCGCCAUCAGCGGCGUCGCAGCAAGCAACGAGACCACACCCACCGUGACGACCAUCGUAACACCGACCACCGUGACGCCGCCACCGACAACGACUCCGCCACCGACGACGACCGUGCCACCGCCGACGACGACAACGCCCGUGUCGACAACGACAGAAGCGCCCAAGACGCCGGCGCCCACGACGACACUACCGCCUUCAACGACGGCCCCGGCCACGCAACCGCCGCGCCGGCCACCGCCGCGCCCGGGGACCAACGCACCCAAGACAGCGGCCCCGGCCACACAGGCGCCAACUGCGCCGCCAUCGACGGAGACGCCGACGCCGAAUUCGUCCGAAACGACGCCAACACCCACAACAACGACGGCUCUGCGCACGGCGACCAAAUCGCCCGUGGUCACGCCAGCACCGACCGAGGAGUCGACGGCGCUUGGCGUCUGGCCCGUCGUUGGCAUCAUUGCCGCGGGCGCCGUCGUCUUGGCCGCGGGUGUUGUCUGCUUCAUCAAGCGCCGGCACAUGCGUGGCUCGAUGCCGGUGCACGACGACCCGUUGACCCCGACGCACGCGGCAGGCGCAGCGGUCUUUGAGACGUACACGGACGGCACGACACCGACGGCCGUCGACACAGCGCCGCGCUUCCAACACGAGAACGACAGCUACAUGGAAGAGCCGCGCCGGCCACAGCUCUGGGAAAGCACGCUCGAGUCACAGCCGACCACGUCGUUCGUAUCGGAUAGCCACGGCAGCGCGUUCGACUCGUUCGUGUCGCGGAGCAGCACGGGCAACGACACUUUUGUGCGCUAG